UGGAUGUCGAGAGGGCGGGGGGUCGCGCGCGAGCGCGCAACGUGGCAGAGUGACGCCAAAGUUUAUAUGCCCGCUAUUGCGCUGCGGGCCAGCGCUGCCUCCGCAAUCUCCUCCACUGCACUCGGGCCAUGAUGGCACGUGUCAGGAGCACGGCAGCGCGCGUACAUUGAGUUUGGAAGACACUCGGCAAUUUGAUUGAACAGAUCCGUCUUCGGUCGCAAAGCCCAGCCUGCGCUCUCGACGAUGUCAAAGCUCGUGACAGACGCGUGAUGCAAGGGUAGCAAAGCGGCGAGCGGUGACAACUAAGGGACGGGGGGGGGACACGCUAUGCGACUGCCUCGUCCGCGAGGGUACACAGCACGACUCGGCGAGUGAGCACUCAUGGAUAGCCAGCAAGAAGCGGCCACCAGCGCCAGCAGCAGCAGGGCGCACGGUGAGGGCUGCGAGGAGGAAGCGCAGCGUCCCAGUCGGGCGGACCGCUUCAAGCCCAAGCGGAAGACGACCGAGGGCAAGACCCGCAGAAUCCUCUCCAACAUCUUGUUAGAGGAGGCGAUUGACAGCGGCAAGGAUAACCCCAACCGCGCGUUCGCCAGCAACGCCAUCAAGACCACCAAGUACACUGUGUGGUCCUUCCUGCCCAAGAACCUAUUCGAGCAGUUCCACCGCUUCGCCAACGUCUACUUCGUCUUCAUCGUGCUGCUCAACUUCGUGCCUGUGGUGAACGCCUUCCAGCCCGGCCUGGCAGUGCUGCCCGUGGCCUUCAUCCUGGCCGUGACGGCCGUCAAGGACCUGUGGGAGGACUACAGGCGCUACCACUCGGACCGGGAGAUCAACAACGCGCCCUGCCUCGUCUACUGCAGGGCGCAACAGGGGUUCGUCGAGAGUUGCUGGAAGGACGUGCGCGUCGGGGACUUCCUGAAGCUGCGCUGCAAUGAGAUCAUCCCAGCCGACGUGCUACUGUUGGCCUCCAGCGACCCCGACGGGCUCUGCCACCUGGAGACGGCCAAUCUGGACGGUGAAACGAACCUCAAAUUGCGGCAGCUCGUCAAAGGCUUUGCCGACCUGGAGUGCGAUUUCGACCCUAUGAAGUACACAAGCACCGUAGAGUGUGAGAGGCCAAACAACGACCUCAAUAAAUUUAAAGGUUUCAUGCUGCACAGCAACGAGCGCAAGGUCGGACUCAGCAAGGACAAUCUGCUGCUGCGAGGAUGCACGGUGCGCAACACGGAGUACGUGGUGGGGAUCGUUGUUUAUGGCGGUCACGAGACGAAGGCCAUGCUGAACAACAACGGGCCUCGCUACAAACGCAGCAAACUGGAGCGCAACAUGAACAUGGACAUCAUCUGGUGUGUGGUCAUCCUGAUCGUGAUGUGCCUCUUCAUUGCCAUUGCUCAUGGCCUUUGGAUGGCUGGGUAUGAGGAAAAUCCGCCGUUCGACGUCGCGAACAAGGACGGCGAUCACAUCUCGCCGGUGCUGUCGGGCUUCUACAUGUUCUGGACCAUGAUCAUCCUUCUCCAGGUGCUGAUCCCCAUCUCGCUCUACGUCUCCAUCGAGAUCGUCAAGAUUGGACAGAUCUACCUCAUCCACCAGGACGAGGAGCUGUACGACCCAGAGAGCGACACACCCCUCCAGUGCCGUGCCCUCAACAUCACUGAGGACCUCGGCCAGAUCAAAUACAUCUUCUCCGACAAGACGGGCACCCUCACCGAGAACAAGAUGGUCUUCCGCCGCUGCACUGUUGCCGGAAAAGAGUACUCGCACAGUAACAAUGCGCAGCGCCUGGCCGCCUACCAGGACUCGGAGUCCGACGGGGACGAGUGGGCGAGGGGCGACUCGCUCCAGCUGGGUGAGCCGCCGCCCACCGCACUGACCGCAUCGCAGCGCGCACGCACCCUACCCUCACGCGCCUUUGGAGGGCGGCACGCGGGCAACCGCACCCUGCGGCACCGGCGCAGCCUGCGCAGGACGCCCAGUGCCCACUCGACGCGCUCCGCCCCCGGCGCCCGCUCCACACCCUGCCAGAUGGGCCACCGCCGGCAGCCCAGCGUACUCUCCAAGGAGGCCGCGUUCAGCAGCCCAAUGGAGACAGAUGUGACACCAGAUCCCCAGCUGGAGUCGCGAGUCAGAAUGUACCUCAAGAAUCUCAACUCUCUCCCCAGCAAAAACGGCACCAUUGUGAUUCCCGAGGACGUUGCAAACGUGGUAGACUUCUUCAUCACGCUUGCCAUCUGCAACACCGUCGUGGUGUCGUCUUCGAACCAACCACGCAUCAAGACGAAGAAAGCGUCAGCAGUAACAUCACCGAUGAAGAAACUCGAGGAAAAGUUGAAGAAGCUGCGACCCAGCUAUGUGACUCCCAGCUCAAGCUUCAGUUUGCAUUCAAAGGCAGCGGACAAGAGCUCCCCAGCUGCCUACCGUGACAACCUGCAGGCCAAAGCGGAGACGGGGAGGCCUGUGUCUCACCCACCAACCCCUUGCUCUCCGCUGGCAGCCAAACCACUGGCGGCUGGCACGCCUACGAGCCUGGAAAUCCCGGGGCUUGGGUGGAAUACUCCUUCCCCUACGCAGGAAGACGAGUGUCCUUUAUGGAUGAGUAACGGGGUACUGCCCAUGGCAGAGCUCCGCUACGAAGCAGAGAGCCCAGACGAGGCCGCGCUAGUGUACGCAGCGAGGGCCUACAACUUCACUCUCGUCUCAAAAUCGCCCGACCAGGUCACCAUCGACGUGCCGCACGUGGGGAGGUUGACCUUCGACCUCAUGCACGUAAUGGCCUUCGACUCGACGCGCAAGCGCAUGUCGGUGGUGGUGCGGCACCCCCUGACGUACGAGAUGGUGGUGUACACCAAGGGGGCCGACAACGUCAUCAUGGACAUCCUGAAGCCUUGCACCGGAAACUCUGACAAAGACAAAGAUAAGGCAAAAAUGCACGCACGGACACAGGCUGACCUGAACCAGUACGCCAUGGACGGACUGCGGACAUUGUGCAUCGCCAAGCGGGAGCUGACGGAAGAUGAGUACGCGACGUGGGCCAAGAGCCAUCUGGAGGCCGAGGCGGCCAUCGACUGCAGGGAGGAGAUGCUGUUCGAGUCGGCCCUGCGCCUCGAGAGGGACAUGCAGCUGCUCGGUGCCACGGGUAUCGAAGACCGGCUGCAAGAUGGGGUGCCGGAAACCAUCGCCGCCCUGCGCGACGCCGGCCUGCAGAUUUGGGUGCUCACAGGAGACAAACAGGAGACUGCCAUUAACAUCGCGUUCUCCUGCAAACUUCUGGACGCCAGCGACGAAAUCAUCACUCUCAACACAGAGAGCCUGGUGGCGUGCGACGCGCUGCUGAAGCAGUUGCUUCAGAUGAUCGAGAACAAGAGCUUGAGCGUGGGGGACGUGGCACUGUCAUCUGCGAUGGCCGGUACCGUGGUGACCGCACGCCGCGGGCUGGUCAUCGACGGCAAGACACUGUCGUUCGCACUCAACAAGGACCUGGAGGAGAACUUCCUGAAGCUGACGCGCCACUGCCGCUCAGUGCUUUGCUGCCGCUCGACCCCGCUGCAGAAGAGCAUGGUGGUGAAGCUGGUGCGGGAGAAGCUCAAGGUCAUGACGCUAGCUAUCGGGGAUGGAGCCAAUGAUGUCAGCAUGAUCCAGGUGGCCGAUGUGGGAGUGGGAAUCUCUGGUCAAGAAGGAAUGCAGGCAGUGAUGUCAAGCGACUAUGCCAUGCCGCGUUUCCGACACCUUCACAAGCUGCUGCUGGUGCACGGACACUGGUGCUAUGACCGCCUGGCCAACAUGGUGCUCUACUUUUUUUACAAGAAUGCGGCGUUCGUGACGCUGCUCUUCUGGUACCAGUUCUUCUGUGGCUUCUCAGGCUCAUCUCAGAUCGACCAGUGGUAUCUCAUGAUGUUCAAUCUGCUCUUCUGCUCGCUGCCGCCCCUGGUGACGGGCGUGCUCGACAAGGACGUCUCUGCCGAGACGCUGCUGGCCAGACCCCACCUGUACCAGAACGGCCAGAACUCGCUGGCGUACCGACCAAGUCUGUUCUGGGUGACCAUGGUGGACGCACUGUACCAGAGCAUAGUCUGCUUCUUCCUCCCCUAUUUGGCCUACCGUGGAUCCGACAUUGACAUUUUCACGUGGGGAACACCAAUCACCACCGUCUCGCUCUUCUCCAUUCUUCUGCACUUGGCGAUCGAAACCAAGACCUGGACGUGGAUUCACUGGGGGAGCAUGGCCCUGAGCUUGCUACUCUACUUCCUGUUUGUGCUCGCCUACAACGCCAUCUGCAUCACCUGCGCCGCUCCUUCAAACCCCUACAUGAUCAUGGAGAUACUCAUGACGCAGCCUCUCUUCUACUUGGUCUGCGUCGUCACGCCGUUGGUCGCACUGCUGCCCAGGCUUGUCUACCGGACAUUGGAAGGCUCCUGCUUUCCAUCUGAGAAUCUGCGCGGGCGGCAGUUGGACAAGCUGCCCGAUGACAUCCGGCAGGGUGUGUUGCGGGCGGGUCUUGACCCAGACCCCGGACCCGCCCCUGUGCCCCUCGGGGCCAAAAUAGGCCGAGCCCAGUGCGCAUCUCCCAUGCUCUCCCCGACUGCCGCCGACUCGGGCAUUGCGCUCGAUAACUUGUCUGUCAGAAACAGCCGGUGCGAGGCCGCCACCGCCGCGAAAGACUUCCUACAGUCGCCAAGCAACGACUACGCACCGCUUCCUGAGACCGGCACGGCAAAGCGGCCACAAGCGCUGCAAACGGUGUGGGACGUGCAGUCCUCUCGCCACCACCACAACUACUUGCACUCCGUCAGCACCUCUGAAGCUGACUCGGGAUUUCAGAGCCCGCCAAUGAGCGAGGACACAAACACAUUGCCAGGAACCCCUCUGUCGGACACAGACACUGUCACGACGCAAACAACCAAUUCGGCGAGGGCUUCACUGCGCGGGCACAGAGGCAGAACGAAUGAGCAGCUGUGCCACAUUGCCAGCAAUGGGAGAGCGACUGAGCCAGGAGACACUAUCGCCAUGUCUAACUUUGUGAAGCUAAACACGGGGAGCCCAAAGCGUAAGGAGGUCAUUCUCGAAUCCACUAGGCCUGCCCGAAAUGCAAGAGACUGUUGUUUAUUUGGAUGAGAGUAUUUAUGAAAAUGUGUCCACUUCAAAGCUGUAGUAUCGGCGGGGCUUUAAACGUGUUUACGCGAACAAAACACCUGGACAAAGCUUGCUGAUUUUAUCAACAAAGCCAUUUAUUAGCGUGACACAUCCAAACAAGGCAAAGUUGUUUUCGUUAUAGAAAGGCAAACUGACUGCUUUACAUACGUGCAGUGGUAAAGAAUGAAGAUUUCUGUCAUUUCCUAGCACAGCAGGGCCAAAGCAUAAUCUUUCCAGAUUUACAGUAUUUAUUCAUCAAAUUAAUGUUGUCUGAGCAAACUUAACGGACAUGCUGAAACCAGAAAAAUAAGUGCCUCUGUAUUUACCAUAUCACUGCACCUUUUAAUAAUAACAUCACACAGCUAUGGGUCACAGUUUAUCAGUUGAAGUGGAAUGCGAAAAGUGGCGGCUGGAUAGGGCCAGUAACAAAGCAAAUGAUUCUAACUAAAGCAAAAUUGCAUAAACAUUUCGUGAAAUUGCAAAACGGUAAUUUGCAUCACAGCACUGCAGUGCUCUGUCGUGUUACACACAGCACUGCGGUACCCAUCACUGUACCACGAGUUUGUCUUACAGGAAUGUUUCAUACCUGAUGCUAGGAAUAUUUAUAUUGUAAAUGCAAUGCCUGCUUUGAGUAAGCAAUGCACACGUUGGCCUUAAUUUACAAGCAGAUGUCCUUUGGCCAAAGUGGUCGACAUUUAGCAAAGAGAAUGGAACUCUUUGCUACGUUGUGCCUUCAUGCAAGGCAAAUAUUUUUAAACAAUUUUUUAUUCUUCUUUUUUCAUGGGUUAAGCAAUAUGCAAUCAAGAAUGUUUUCAUUGGAAGCCACAAUACCAAUCUAAUACAAAUGUUCUCGUGAAUUUUAAAUGUUUUAUAUGUGACUGUACUUAUUUAACUCAUCCGAUUUCCACGUGCGUGGAUCAGAAUGUUUCAUCUUGAAAAGAUAUUCCGAUGAAUUACCUCAUCCGUUCCCUGCAAAAACAGCGUCAUAAGGUUUUGUGGGGUAACAUACAUUCAAAAUGUGCUCCUGCCAGUGCACAGGUUGCAAGAGUCGAUCAUGUGGCAUACUUGGGAUAACCUUCGCUCUUGGUAUUUAAUAUUAAAUUCACGAACUAAGUAACACACAUAUCAUUGAGAGGCCACAAUCAUUCACCCAAUGUGCAUGUCCAGCUGUUUUGUCAUUCACCUGCUGGAUGUGGGCCUCUCCAUGUGGCGCAGGCCAUGUGGGUCAUCAGACGACACUUCACCACGCUCGUCGGGUUGAGUUGGAAAAUGACGGAGAGCCGAGGUGUUGGGAGUAGAAUAUGGUACAACAAAAUAUUUUGUUGCCCUGCCACCUGCUGACAAUGUGGCCCCCACAGCAGUCCACAGCACCUGUUUUUCGCCAGGCAGGCUCACCCGUGCUUUUUGCUUCCGAGACCUGAUGAGAUGGGGCUCAUUUAUCCCUAACCCCCCGUGUAUUUCAGCAUAAUCCAACUUGCAGUUACGUACUGUGUUUAGCGCCCAAUCUGUAUUGAGCUUGAAUACAUUUACUCAUCGCACUCCAACUGAUAAGAUGUGAUUUGAAAGACGAACAAUCACUGAUGAGGAUUAACUUGCAGUGUAUUCUAUUUUGUACAAAGGGCCACGUGCUGGCUGUCCCAUUAUCCCAGUUCCACUCAUUGAUGGGGCUUGGACACAGCUCCUCCCGCAACGAGGGUAGGCAUCAGGACUUGGGCCAACAUAGGGCUCACCUCCACGCUAAGCUGAGACAUUCUUUCCUGGCAAUUACUCGGUAUAUGUUAACAUUUGCGUGUAUUUUUUUUAUUGGUCAGCAACAUUACAUUGUCUGCAUUUUUGAAAUCCCACCAAUUUAAUGUAUAUUGCUAUAUGUUUUACGAAGCUACGUCCUUUGUUGUCACUCAUCAUAGUUAGAGCAGCUGCUUACAGUGAUGCUAGAACCUCGACAAGUCUGACUGGGCGGAGGGAAUUUCAAGCUAUGGGGAUGUCAGGAACGUGCUGCAAUUUUGAAAAUGUGUACAGUAUAUUGCACAUUACAUUCACACAAAACACCUAACACAUUUAAUUGCGCUCAAUAACGUCAUAAAAAAUCAACUGAAUGUAUACAGUUGAAUAUUCGCAGUUAAAUAACACCUAAAAAGUUACUAAUGUACAGGUUAGUCUUAGUAACUUCCCUCCACCAUCGAGCAGAGGAUGAUGGUGAAGACUGAGGUUCGCUGGAUUGGGAAGGCUGAGAAUGAGCUUCAAGAAUGUUUUGAGUUUAUUUGCAAACUAAAUAAAUACAGAUGUUUAAAAGCCAGGGAGAGCUCUGUCAGGGCGUGUGGAUGACUGGAGGCACAGGUUGCACGGGUCUACCACGUGGUCUACUUGGGAUAACAUCGCACCCUUGGUAUUUCAAAUUAAAUUCCCAAACAAAUUAAGUAAAACUUGUUGAUCUGUGAAAAAUAUUCCUUUUAAAUUAAAUAUUUUUUUAAUUAAAGGAUAAGGAACAAAAACGAGAGGUAACUCUGGAGGAGAUUUGGUUUCCGAGCUAUCUAUCGAUUUAUUUCGGGGCUGCCUUUCCGACUGAACUCGAAUAUGGCUCAGUCCGGCUUCAAGAGGUUUUACUGCACACUCUGUAUGCAACAAUAUGAGGUAAGUUCAUUGCUUUAUAAUACAAUAUUUUUAGUUUCGUUUCCCAUUGGCAGACGUUUAAUCAAUGGGUGGUUCCCCUUAAUAAAGGUUUUAAAUUGACAGCAUUGAAAUGAUAGCGUUUAACACCAGUGUUUGGUCAUAACAUUACCGGUUAUAGCGGGACAUCUAUGGACUCCUUGGGUUGAUGAUCCCCAGUCAGGAUAGGGCCCCGGUAACAUAGAUUAUAUGACACUCGUUUAUAAUAUAUAGUACAGAUGUGCCUUAGCGUUUUCCGAAUUGUAAUGUUCUCUAAGGGCUAUACAGAGGACACCUAUGCAAAAUGUUCAUCCGUAUUGUGGGACGAUUGAAGCCAUGUUAUUUAUAAUAAUCUGCUCUGUUAGAAUUAUAGUUCUUUAUACAAACCAAAAUGUGCAUUACCAUAUGAAUGCUUUAAAUGCUUAAACAAAAUGAUAAGCAUAUUGUACGUGUUUGAAAGCAGUACCGAGAGUGGUAGUUGUCGAUGUUAUGUUGGUUUUAAAGAAAAUGAUGCAAUAUUUCAACAUGGGAUCAAAUAUUAAUUUUAUUUGGAGGACUUCUUUGUAUAUUUGUCACUGUGAUUCAUGAAACCGCCAAUGGCGGUAAAAUGUAAAAAACAAAAGAGUUCUGGUGCAUUUGAAGCUUCAGAAUGCUUAUGAAUAAUGUUUACAAUGAAGGAUUACUGUUUGUGUAAUAUUGUGCUUAAAUGAAACAAAGUUUUUUAAACAAUAUUAAGGGUUUUAUAUGAAAUGAAAUUGGCAAUAUGUUGGGUUUUCUGUACUGGAGAUUUGUUGACCUUUAUAAACACUAAGUUUACAAGGAAAAUGGUUUUACAGUCACUGUUGCGUUAAAGUAAUUUUAUGGAAUGUUAACUGUUGAUCCAAAACUGGUUUACGCAUCCAAAUCUGCAUGUGUAAUAAAAAAUAAUAUAUUUUGUAGAAUAAAGUUGUUUGAAUUUU